AUGCCUCUAGCAAACAACAACCCAAACCCAAACCCUGGGCCAUUUGAGAGGUUCUUUCGAGGAUGGCUGGUCAGGCAAGAGGAACUCCGCCAGCUACUCCUCCAAGCAACUGAGCGCGACUGCGACGAGGAGGCGGGGCUGCAAGAGCUGAUAGGGAGAGCGGUGGCGCACUACGCUGAGUACUACAAAGCCAAGCAAAGAGUGGUGCGAGAGGACGUGCUGAUCUUGUUGGGACCACCAUGGCUUACUCCCUUCGAGCGAAGCCUACUUUGGAUUGGUGGGUUCAAGCCAGGGUUCGCGUUUCGGCUGGUGACGAAUUAUGUAACGAACCUGACAGAGGAGCAGAAGCAAAGGAUGGAGCAGCUGAGGGCGGAAACGGCGGAGGAUGAGAGGAAGCUGACUGCGGAGCUGUCGAGGGUGCGGACGAGGCCGACAGCUAUAUCGCUGGUGGAGAUGGCAACAAUGGCGAGAGAGCGGGUGAAUGGAGAAAGAGAUACGGUGGAUGAGCGAAUUGAGAUGAUGAAGUUAGCAGCGGAGAUUCUGGUGGAGUGUGCUGAUUAUCUGAGAUGCAAAACUGCUCUUAAGAUCAUGGGCAUACUCAACCCUUCUCAGAAUGUGAAGUUCUUGCUCGCCGUAACUCAGCUUCAGCGCCGAGUUCGCAACUGGCGCAUGGAGAGAGAAGCUGAGAGCAGCACUGACAACAGCCGCCACUAG